AUGAAUGAAUUGUCGGUAAAUGAUCGUGUGCAUUGGAGUAUGAUGAUAUUGGGCAUUUCCGAUCCUCCAAAACACAACAAUCAUGUUAAAACAUCAUUAUGGUGUUGCGACCCUUUGUUCUUCAACAAUCAAUUUAAAUUAAUUUAUCGAUCAAGUACAAUCAAUCAGAUGACGACUAUACCAAUUGAACUUGAAGAAACAUCUAAUCAUCAAAUAUCUGAUUUAAAAUCUAGAUUAGAUGGUCAACAAUUUAAAAAUAGAGUUGAUUUUACAAUCAAAGGAUUGAAUCAUUAUGUAUCGACCAAAGAGAAACGAGAUGGAAAAGGUAAAGGUUCAAAAACAAAUAUUGCUGGUGAGAUGAUUGGCAUAUUGGGUCCAAGCGGUGCUGGUAAAACAACACUUUUGGAUAUCGUUGCACAUCGACUUCCAAUCAAUGGUUCUGGUAAACUUCUUUUGAAUGGUACUUCAACACCAUACAAUGUAUUUAAAAAGUUGAGUGGUUAUGUCACUCAAUCUGAUACAUUGUCACCUGCCAUGACCGUAUUUGAAACGUUAUCUUUCUAUGCUCAAUUGAAAAUGCCAAGAGAAAUGUCAUACGAUGAUAAAAUAAAAAAGGUUAAUGAAGUACUUGCAGAAAUGGGAUUAAAAAGAUGUAAAGAUACAUUGGUAGGUGAUGAUAAGAUUAGAGGUAUCUCUGGUGGAGAACGUAGACGUGUGACCAUUGCCAUCGAGCUAUUGACAGGUCCAUCUAUCCUCUUCGUCGAUGAACCAACUUCCGGGCUGGAUUCCAAUACAAGUCUAAGUGUGAUGAGAGCUAUCAGAAAACUAGCCAAUUCAGGAAGAACCAUCAUCUGUACCAUCCAUCAACCUCGUUCCAAUAUUUACAACCUAUUUGAUAAAUUGUUAUUGUUGGGUGAUGGCAGUACAAUCUAUUAUGGUGAAACUCAAUUGGCUUUGGAUUAUUUUAAAAACCUUGGUUUCUAUUGUGAUCCAAGUACUAAUCCUGCUGAUUUCUUUUUGGAUUUAAUUAAUACACAAGUUGAAGAUGAUAUGGAAGAUUUAAGUGUAACAAUGGAGAAUAAUGAAAAAAUAACAAAGAAAUUAACUCCCGAUGAAAUGAUACGUCUCAAAAAAGAAUUUAAAGAAGGUCCAACAAACAUUCAACUCAAGGAAAAGUUGGACAAUAUCGAAAUACAAUCUGAAAAAAAGGAAUUGUCAUAUGAAUCUAGACAAGGUGCUUCUUGGAUGACACAAUAUCGAUUAUUAUUCCAUAGAGAAACACUUAAUAUGCGUAGAAAUCCAAUGGCUUCUAGAAUCCAAGUUACCAAUUCAAUCUUUCAAGGUGUUGGUCAAACAUCGAUUCAAUCACGAACCGGAGUUUUGGCCUUCCUUAUCAUGGGUUUAUCUUUCCCAGCGGUCAUGAUGACCAUUCAAGUGUUCCCACUUGUUGUCAACUUGUUUUUAAAGGAUAGAGCCAGUGGUGUUUAUGGUACAUUACCAUUCUUUUUAGCUAAAAGUACAGCCGAUGUACUUUUAGCAGUUCUUACACCUGUUAUUAUGGGUACCAUUAUUGAACCAUUUUAUGCAGCAGGACCAUAUUUUAGAUUUAUAUUAAUUCUUAUAGAAUUUACUGAAGGUGAUUCCUUUGGUUAUCACUUUUUCAAAUAA